GGUGGAUUUUCUCAAGAAGCAAAAGGCAGUUGGAGUAGGGGAUGGAACGCUUCCGGUUCAGGUCACCUCCCCUCUCGCUCAAGCUGGCCUUCGCCGCCGUCUCCCUCUCCCUCGGCGUCUCCUUCGCCGCCGUCUCCUGCUCCUCCUCCUCCUCUCCCCUCCCCUCCUCGGCCGCCUCCUCCUCCCCGCGGCCGUCUCCGCGGACCGUAGCCGCCGACCUCCUCGCCGUCCUCGCCGGCCCGCGCGCCGCGGCGCGGGUGCCGGCCCGGGAGGCCUCGCGCCUGAGCUCCUGCCUCCGGUUCCUCUCCCCGGCCAACCCCGCCGCCGUGUCUAGCGCGUAUCCCUGGAAGGGCUCCCGGAAGGUUUUGCUGGAAGACUGCGAUGCGGCCGAGGCGGAUGCGAUGGUGAUGUGGCCGCCGGCGCCGGUCUUGGAGCUGGCGCGCCUCGCCGUCGACUCCGGUGGCGACCCUGGGGCCAUCCACCGCUUGCUCGACCCCACCAUGCUGCCGGUGCCUGAUGUUGAGGGAACGAAGAAGAGCAAAUGCCACCUCACAAGAACACCGUAUGGAAGACACUUUGCUGACGAGGAAAUCAAUUCAUACUUUGCAUUUCUGUUUGAAUUGAUUGCUGCACGAGGACCAUCGGUUGGAUUAAAUGUAUCACUGACUCGGUAUGAUUUAUUCCAUGGGCAUCUCUUCCUGGCAUCAGGGACAGGAAGGCUUGGGAUUCUGUUUCAUGCCAAAGAAUAUCCAGCAUUUGAUAAGGAAUCGUUCCCUUACAAUUUGGGAUAUUGCCAGACUGAAUCUGAUGUACCAUAUGACGACUCUAUGAAUCUACGUAAUAUCCUUUGGUUAGCUCCAUUGCCAUCCAGUGAGACGAAAGCUUGGUUGGCACCAGGAGUGUUAGUCGUCUUGGAUGCACAUCCAGAUGGAAUUAUAUAUCAAGACAUGAUACGCGACUAUGUUCAGAUUGUACGGACAAUAUAUGAAGAUGAUUUUGGAAAGCAUGCUGUUGAUGUCAACUAUCUGAAUGUUGCCAACGCAGCAGCUCCAGCGGAUAGAAUUUUCAUUUGCUGACAUCUAUCAACAGGACUAUUAAUUUUCUCCACCGUGUGAUCUCUCUGGGAAGCAAACACCAAACGUACCGAUUUUUACAUGAUGUGUUCAAGAUCCAAGAAAGCAGCAGUGGUUUGCUAGCAAGUACUCCUAUAUAGUUCAGGUGUUUAUUUCCGAGAUCAUUUCAGAUGUUUAUUUGAUUGAAUGUACAGAUUUACUCAAGGAAGCAGUUUAUGUCUCGCACGCAUGUUUAACUUUGAUAAAGAUCAACAGAAAAUAUUUUGGUUGUAGCAUUCAGUGGAACCAGUUUCCCAUUAGGCCAUGUCUAUAGAGCAAUGUUUGUGGCAACUUUACAUUGUGAAUGAAAAGAGUAAAUGGUGUGCCAUUUUUUUGUUGUUAA